AUGUUAGUAUUUCUUGCUGAUGUUGCUAUUCUUGAAGUGGAUGAUUUUUUGAUUGGCAUAAAUGCUAAGCCUCUUUACUUACAAAGUAAGAUGAAACUGCUGGCAUAUGGUGUAUGUGUUAGUAUUCAGUCUUAUCUUCUUGGUGUGUUGGAUCUGCAUUUGCUUAUAUUUGCAGUUUGUGGAAGAAUUUGUCGAGAAUUUGAAAUGGAUUUUUCAGAGUCCACGAAGGUUGUGUACAAUAGAAUUCAGGAGAUAGAGCCUGAAUUCGUCGGUAAGAUCAUUGGGUAUAUUCUAUUACAGAACCAUGGUGAACGAGAAAUGAUCCGGCUAGCCUUUAGCCCUGAUAAUUUGAUCUACGCUACAAUUAGCAAAGCCAAAUCUGAUCUGGGGCUAAACAAAACACCGGUCCUAAAUCCAAUCUCACCUUCUCAGGUGAACCCAGCUCCUGUUUCAGAUGUUCAUCUGCAAUUCAUUCCUAACACAUCAGUUUCGGCACACCCAAUUUCCUCUCCAGUAAAGAUUAGGACUGCAGGUUCUUUCUGGGAUGCCCAAGUGACUAGUGACCAGCAACAGGCCCACAACUUGGAUUUUGGUCCUCCAGGGUACUCAGAAAUGGCCUCCGAAGAUUAUCGGCUAACAAACCAAAUGCAGUUCUUGACUUCAGAUGAUCAGUUAGAGUUUGUUAAUUCUGACUUUUCUAGCAGUUACUUUUACCCAGAACCUGCAUUGGGUCCUAGGACUAGUAGAAGGUCUCCAAGCUUGCCUGAAUUUCCUGUUAAGAUUUGCCAUUACUUCAGUAAGGGGUUCUGCAAGCAUGGAAACAACUGUAGGUAUUUCCAUGGCCAUCCCAUGCCAGAAAGCUUUUCUCAGAUUUUCAGUCCGAAUUCGAAUGAGAUUGCAAACGAAGAACAUAUCGUCUCACCUGGCUCUCUUGAAAAGCUUGAAUUGGAGCUCACCGAGCUUUUGAAAUCAAGAAGAGGGGUGCCGGUUUCAAUUGCCUCUUUGCCAAUGAUGUAUUAUGAGAAGUAUGGGAGGACCCUGCAGGCCGAGGGUUAUCUUACAGAGAGCCAGAGACAUGGUAAGGCGGGUUAUAGCCUCACAAAGCUCCUAGCUCGGUUGAAGAACAGCAUUCGUCUCAUUGACAGACCUCAUGGGCAGCAUUCAGUGAUUUUGACUGAAGAUGUCCCAAAAUACUUGGAGUAUGCUGGUGAGAGAAAUGAUCCUGGUGGGAUUGUUGCUGGUUCUAGACAGAUCUAUCUUACCUUUCCAGCUGAAAGUACCUUCACGGAGCAAGAUGUUUCCAACUAUUUUAGCAAAUUUGGGCCCGUUCAAGAUGUUAGGAUUCCAUGCCAACAGAAGAGGAUGUUUGGAUUUGUGACUUUUGUUUUCGCAGAGACUGUUAAGCAAAUAUUAUCAAAGGGGAAUCCUCAUCACGUUUGCGGGGCUCGUGUUCUUGUGAAACCUUACAGGGAAAAAUCAAGGCUUGUUGACAGGAAGUACGCUGAGAAAAUACAGCACCCUAUCUAUUACAGCCAACACUUUGUAGAUGGAGAUUCCGAGCUUCACUCUCUGCCGAGAGUCUGUGAUAAUUCAAGAUUACUCAGGAAGCAGCUCAUGGAGGAACAUGAGCAGGCACUUGAACUUGAGAGAAGGCGUCUCUCGGAGUUUCAGUUUGCACCUAAACCGCUGAAUCGGCACUCGUAUCUUGGCCACUCUAUGGAUGAGUUGAAGCUCUCAGAAGAGCAAGCAGAUCAAUUCCCAUCUGCAGAGCAUUUCAAUUACUGGUUCAAUGUUUUGAAUAAUGGUUCCACCAGUGAGGAAAAGCAUAGGCAUAUAAGGACCAAUUGCAGCGAGCAGGAUAGCAACCAAGGAGUUAAUCUUCCUGAGAGCCCGUUUGCAUCUGCAAUAGGGAGUGGCAUUUCAACUAUGGGUGAGGAAGUAGAAAAAUGUGCAGGGUUCAGAGAAAGAGCAAGAAAAGGUGUAGAGCAGCUUGCUGCCAAGAAAAGAAAUGUGGGUCCUGAUUUUGAUUUUGUUGAGGAUUUGUGGGACCUAGUUGGGGCAUCACUGUUCUAUUAG